AAAACGAAUUGAUUUUACGUCAUUUUUCGAGCGCUUGUCACGGCGCAACAUUUAAAUAAGAACCACUGAAAAAUUGAAAUAGCACCAGAAAUAUUUAACAAAAUGUACCAAUACAGUUCAUCCUAAACAGAAAAAUAAUAUUACACAAAUAUAUAACCGAGCUUAUAACAUCAAACAUAGCAAUAAAAAGCACCCAACCUAGUCAGAAUGUCCAAGCCAAUAGACCUAUCAGGAUCCCGAUAUGACCAGGAGACGUACAUUGGCCGAGCGAAGCAUUUCUUCAUGCUCACUAACCCACUCAACAUUUUUGUCACGUCCGCCCAGUUAGAUGAAGCUAAAAAAAUCGUUUCAGAUUACAAAAAAACAAAGAAGAUGCCGCAAGGAAUGAAUGAAGACAAGCUAUGGUCGAUGAAGUAUUUGGUCGACAGCGCAUUUCACCCCGACACGGGCGAGAAAAUGUUCGUGCUAGGCCGGAUGGCUGCUCAGGCGCCUAUGAACACACUUAUCACUGGCUGUAUGAUCACGUUCUACAAGACGAACGCGGCGACCAUGUUCUGGCAGUGGGUCAAUCAAACGUUCAACGCUCUCGUCAACUACACCAACCGCUCAGGCACCGCGCCCAUCUCCAAAUCGCAACUCUUGGCAUCAUAUUGCGCUGCUUGCGGUGGUGCCAUGGGUACUGCGUUCUACCUCAAUGCCAAAGCCAAGCAAAUGAAGAACCCCGUGUUCGCGGCGCUGGUGCCUUUUGCCGCGGUGUGCGGCGCCAAUUUCAUCAACAUCCCCAUGAUGAGGAGUAGUGAGUUGAUAGACGGCACACCAGUUUUCACCGCGGAGGGGCAGCCGGUGGGAAACUCUACGAGCGCGGCGCGGCGCGGCAUCGGUCUCGUGUGCAUAUCCCGAGUCAUCAUGGCUCUUCCUGGCAUGACCCUAACGCCGCUCCUGACUAACUACGCGCGCUCCCGGGGGCUGUUCUGCCGCUACCCGCGCGGCGUGCUGCCCUUCCAGAUGGGGCUCGUGGGGCUCUGCGUCGUGUUCGCCACGCCGCUCUGCUGCGCGCUCUUCAAGCAGCGGGCCUCCAUCUCCGUGGACAGUCUGGAACCGGAGCUGCAGAAAAUCGCGAAGGCAAAAUUCCCAAAAGCGAAAGAAGUGUUUUUCAACAAGGGACUCUAAAGCUAAGGAUAGCUACGCUGAAGUAAAUUAAUCCAGUAGAUAUAUAAUAAUUACUUUCCAAAGAACAUUCCUAUCGUGACGUAAUAUUUUUUUAAGUCUAUUAUUUUUUAAUUUAUAACUAUAUUGUUUGUUAGAGCCGUUUUUUAGGGUUUAUCAUUUGUUAUUAAUAUUUUUAUAUUUGUUUUUAUAAUUGUGUGCAAUAUUUGUACCUCGAGUAUAGAAAAUAAUUAUGGCAAUAAUAUUGUUUAUAAAUUGCAAGUGAUAAUCGAGGGAAAUUACUUUUAUUUGUUACCUCGUUAUAUUUAGAUAGCUAAUUUUUUAUUGGUUGUGAUAUCAUUUUGACGUCCAUAUCAAAAAUCGGGAGAAAUCUAUCAGACCGAUUGAAUCAAACUGAUUCCAUACCUACUUUUUUUGCAUUUUUGACCUAACCGUGGAAUAAUUCCAUUAUUGGUAGGUCGAUAUUACAUUCCAUAAAUUCGCCUCUAAGUUCCUUAGAAUUUACUAUCCCAAAUUUUGAGGCAAUACGAAAUACCUCAAAUGAAGUUAAAAAUCGGCUGAUGGUCAAUAUUGCAAAGGUAAAAUUUAUUUGAUUCCGAUUUAUAUACUUAAACUUAAAAGCAAUGAAUAUGUGUCACUUUGUAAGGAAACCCCAUAAAAGCUUUUUCUCAAAAAUGGACGUCAAAGUCGACUUUGCCGUUUAAAAAAUAGGUCGCGAAGCGCGGAGUUUAUGGUCAGUCAAAAAUUAAAAAGUUAAAAACAUUGCAGUCUCGAUUUUAGGACUGCAAUGUUGCAUACAAAUUCCAUUAUUUGUCGAGUUCCAAACUUUUUAAAAGUUGAAAUGGCCAUAUCAAAUGAAGGCACAGGCCCAUUAAACAGCCAAACAGAUGAUUAGUACCGCGACUAUUUAGCUGUCUCAAAUAGGUUGGCGUAUUUUCGGCAGAAAAAUACACUUCUAUUUUUUUAUUAAAAAAAAUAAAAAGGCGGCAAGGGCUUUGUUCUGUGAAAAUAUAUACGUAAGAAUGUUGCUUUUGUAAAAUAUUUCUAUGAUAUUUAUAUUUCUUGCACCAUUUUUGAGAAAAGCACUAUAUAUGACUCGGCUGGAAGGCUACUUGCUGGCUUCGGAUUCAAUUAAACGGACUCCCAAGGUCGUCCGUUUAAAACGAAUCCUCAGCCUGCAAGUAGCUACUUCCGAGCCUCGACAAUAAUGUACUAUUAAUGGCUCUCAAAUGUAGUAACCACACAAGGGUAUAACCCUUGGUGGUCACAAAAAAUAUAAGCAAGUAUAUUGAGCUUAUUAUAUGCAUGUGUAUUUUAAUUCAAUCAUGUAAUCAAAUUUAUGAAAAUACACGAAAUAGCUUAGCUCAAAAUUUUACUUGCAUUUUUGAUAAUUUGAAUUUGACGCAAACUCGUUGUAAAACAACGGGAUUACUUAUAAAAGGGGUCAUGCAUUAAUUACAUCACAUGUUUAGGGGGGUAGGGGGUCAAGAAAAUGUGACAUGUUGUGACAGGGGGGAGUCACAAACUUUGUGACGUCACUUUAACUUAAUCAAAUUAUUCCAUUGGCUGUACAGUUAAAUAACAUUUUUUUGGAACGAUAAUAAUUUUUAUUCGCUUAAGUUACAAAAUUACUAAUAUAUCUGUUUCAAAAAUAUUUUGAUAAAAUAUUAAUAAUACAAUCGACUUAAUUCUAUUUGCCGAUUUCGUUGAAAAAAUGUGACGUCACACCAGGGGAGGGUUUUGCCAAAUGUGACAAUGAAGGGGGAGGGGUCAAAAAACCUAGAAAUAGGUGUGAUGUAAUUAAUGAAUGACCCCAAACGUCACUGCCAUCGCGUAAUAUUGUUUAAGAAACGUCAAUUGAUAGUUAUAGGUUAUCUUAUAAUCUCAGACAAUAAUGGAAUGGAAAAGGACGACCUAGUGUCCUAAUCGAUGUUGACAUUUGAACCUAAAUUUAUUUAAAAAUAAAUAUUGACAGUUGGC